GUUUUGCUCAGCCGUAGAUGCGACACAACGCAGGGUCAUUGCGCGGACCGGCCGACCUUGAGCGUGACUUGUGAUGUCAAUCGAUGCAAACCUGGAGGACUGUGUCAGCCCAAUGCAGCAGAGAUGUGGCUGGAAUCCUGCCAGCUGCUGGGACAGGGAUGACGACUGCUCUACCUGCGCGCCCAGCCCGUCUGCGAGUGUAGGUUUCGACAUUUCGCCAGCUUCCUCAAAGGAGCGACCAGAGAGGGCUAGAGUGUCGCUCCCGACCAUCGACGAUGGGACUAAGGACAUUCACGUCCCGUGGCCGCAGGGCGUCGCGCUGGAUUUGAGCACGCCGCCUCAGUCGCCGCGGUCGUUCUUCCCGAAGGACUUCUGCUCUCCACGAGGCAGCGUGCCGCUCAGCUGCCCCAGGGCGCCCCAGCGCAGCAAGGCACCGCCGCUGAUGCAGGCUCUUCAGAGUGGCGCAGAUUGCCACGCCACGUGCUUGGCCGUGGAGGCUGUGCUGGCCCAGGAUCCGGAGGCUGCGCAGCUUCCUUUCAUCGAGUGCAACUUUGAGCCGCCGCUCUGCUGCGCCGUGCGCUCCUUUUGUGAUGCCCAGGUAAUUCGCCUGCUGAUUGAGCGCCAAGCUGACGUGCAUCUCUGCGACUCUUCAGAGCGCACUGCUCUGGACAUUGUGAACUACAGGGUUCAGAACUUUGCCACGGCCUACGAUUUUAUGUGCCACACCUUUGCUCAGAGAAUGCAGGAGGACAACGAGAUAGUCGAGGUGCUUCACAAAGCCGGCGCCGUUGCCAGGAAGAUAGAGAAGCCUGGAGUGGCUGAGAAUUUGGAUUUCCUGAACCUGUUCCGCAGUCCCUCCAGCUUCAUGGAGCACCUUCCGAUUUUCUGCCGGUGAACCUUAUAGGGGUGGAUCAAGAACUGAUUCGCGCACCGUUGAACUGUAGGAAUUGUGGCCCUUGCAGCCAAGGGCCGCGCACGUCGAUGCUUUCAAGUGCGGGUUCUCAAGUUAAAGUCCGCCUUGCCAUUCCUCA